AUGGCUCCUUCCAGCAAGAGCGCCGCUGCGGCCAAGGACCGUAGAAAGUCCAACAACAACUCAGCUGGUCUCGUCACCCUCAGAGUUCCCAGCGCCAAGCUCCGAGCUAUCGUCGACCCAGAUUACGUGAAGGAAGAUUCGCCAGUCAAGGAGUCGCCUGCCACAUCGACGACGCUCCCGGCUGCGACGGUGAAUUCCACCACCGAAAACGCGUCGGAUUCGAGCCCCAAUACUCCAGCCGCCGGCACACCUGCACCCCCCUCUGUGAGCAUGGGCCCUCCCGCCGAGGGUCCCAAGAAGAAGGGCGUCAAAAGAGGUGCGGCUGCUCUCAACGGAGAGCCCAAGGUCCGUGGGAAGCCUGGCCCCAAGAAGAAGCAGAGACUUGAGGAUGGAACCAUCGAAGGCGGUAGAGCCAGUCUCGGAGCUCACAAGCUCGGUCCCAAGGCCAACCAAGGUGCUAUCAAUGCUGGCCUUCGCGCCCUCGACAGAUCUGGCAAGCCCUGUCGCAAGUGGAGCAGAGGCGGCUUCACCAUGAAGAGCUUUACCGGCGUUGUCUGGGAGAUCCCACGCUGGGUCGCACCUCCCAAGAUCUCGCCCGAGACUUCCACAGACUCAUCAUCAGCUCCAGUCUCGGUCGACGGCAGCAGCAAGGAGAAUAAGGACAGUGCCAGCCAGCAACUCAAGAGCGACACAAGUAACAAUGGCGGCGACAUCGAGAUGACCAGCGCUCCCAGCAUCAGUGCUGCUCCCUCCCCAGUGCCACCGGCACCUGCUCCUAUCGCCGCCGCCUCUUAA